AUGUCCUGCCACGAGAAUAUCCCCAAAGACGAGCAUGGCGUCCCAGGCUCGCCUCGCACCACCAAGAGCCGCGUGCUUGAAGGCGGCGCCAAUAUGGUCCAGGACUUCACUCCCGUCAAGCAGAUCUGCGCUCACCUGAACGCCUUUCAUGUGUAUGCGACGGAUCCGACGCGGAGUGUAGAAGCAAACCACUACUGCACGCAUGUGACAGAAGACAUCCGACAAUGUUUGAUCUAUGAUUCCACCAAGCCCAACGCCCGGUUGAUCGGGGUCGAAUACAUGAUUUCGCCGCGGCUGUACGAGACCCUCCCCAGCGAAGAGCGGAAGCUAUGGCACACGCACGACUUCGAGGUCAAGAGUGGCAUGUUGAUCAUGCCUUCUCCGGCCGGAGUGCCGAAUCCCGCCUGGGAGGUUGCAGAAACAUCCGAGAUGAGAGAUAUCAUUCCCUUGUACGGGAAAACGUAUCACUUCUGGCAGGUGGAUCGGGGCGAUCUGCUUCCGAUAGGACCGCCACAGCUCAUGGGGAGCUUGAUAUCGGACGACAAGGUCAAGUAUGCGAAUCCAAAGGGGCUGGCUGGACUGCUUGCGGAGAGAGAUGAGAAGUUUGGUGUCGAUUAUCGAGUUAAGGCGGAGAAGAGAAAGGACAUCGAACCCGUGGAGAGGCAUCCAGGUAGGUCAAUUGCAUGCUCUCAGUCGUGCCUAUGUGGUUCACUUUUGCUAAUCGUGGUAGACGCCGACUACAUGUGGAAUAUCGUAGAACAGGAGAAGAAAGCAUGA